AUGUGUGGUUGCCGAGUUGGUUGCCAUGCGGUUGCUCUGUGGUUGCCAUGUCGGUUGCUGUGCGGUUGCCGUGUCGGUUUGCUGUGUCGGUUGCUGUGUGGUUGCCGUGCGGUUGCCGUGCGGUUGCCGUGCGGUUGCUAUGUGUGGUUGCCGUGCAGUCGCUAUGUGUGGUUGCCGUUCGGUUGGCGAGUUGGUUGCCGUGUGGUUGCUGUCUUGGUUGUCGUGUGGUCGCCGCGGGCCGAGGCUGAGGGAUUUGAUGCUCGGCUCCAACACAAACAGCUCAGUCCAGGUCCGCUGCAGGGGACAGGGCCUCUCUCUCCGGGGGGGGGUUUCUCCUCUUCUGGUUUUGGAGUGCGACAGGAAGUGAUGGACUAA